GCUAACAAAAAGUAACGCCCUUCACAAUAGGUUUGUAUGGCAGAUCUCAUCUCUCCAUGUUACAAAUUCUGACCCACUUCACAUAUAUAUAUAUACACUGCCAUGCUCCUCUCCUUCAAUCUCUCAUCAUCUCUUCAUUGAUUCCGAACCUGAAAAUUUCUCCGAAUCCUUCAUAAAAACAUAUUUGUUUAAGCUCUGUAAACAAGUCUACAUAUAAAAGAAGAAUGUGCAGCACUAAGACUAAGGUGGUCAUUGGCAUGGAGAUCACUCCAGCCGUGGCCCGGAUCAAUGGCCGGCCAGUACUUCAGCCAACAUGCAAUCAUGUCCCUACCCCAGAUAAGCGUAGUUCCUUCAAGAAGAUGUCACUAAACUGUCCUCCUCCUCCUCCACCUCCAUCAUCCCCACCAUCAUCAACUUUUGAUGACAAGACUACUACUCCUGUUUCUCCAAAGUCAAAGUCCCCAAGACCACCAGCUAUUAAGAGAGGAAGCGACCCUAAUGGCUUGAACGCAAGUUCUGAAAAGGUUGUGAUUCCAAGUAACAAUUCAAGAACUCCACGUUUAGAAAGGAAGAAGUCUAAAAGUUUUAAAGAAACUAGUGCUGGAACUGGGUUAUUUUCCUCUUCCGCUUCUUCUGCAGAGGCAUCAUUGCAUUAUUCUUCGUCUUUGAUCGUUGAGUCACCGGGAAGUAUUGCCGCAGUAAGAAGAGAACAAAUGGCAUUUCAACAUGCACAAAGAAAGAUGAGAAUCGCUCAUUAUGGCAGAUCAAAGUCUGCCAAGUUUGAAGCUAAUAAUGUGUUUCCUAUUGAUUCUUUAACUAAUAUUUCCACAAAGUCUGACGAGGAAGAAAAAAGAUGCAACUUCAUUACACCAAAUUCAGAUCCCAUCUAUGUUGCUUACCAUGAUGAAGAAUGGGGAGUUCCUGUCCGUGAUGAUAAGUUAUUGUUUGAAUUGCUAGUUCUAAGUGGUGCUCAAGUUGGUUCAGAUUGGACUUCAAUCUUAAAGAAACGCCAGGACUUCAGGGAUGCAUUUUCAGGAUUUGAUGCAGAAAUUGUGGCUGAUUUCACUGAAAAGCACAUGAUAUCAAUCAGUACAGAAUAUGGCAUUGAUAUAAACAGAGUUCGUGGUGUUGUAGACAACUCUAAUCGAGUCCUGGAGAUCAAAAAAGAGUUCGGAUCAUUUAGCAAAUACAUAUGGGCAUUCGUAAACAACAAGCCUAUCUCAACCCAGUACAAAUUCGGUCAUAAGAUUCCAGUAAAGACUUCAAAAUCAGAGAGUAUAAGUAAAGACAUGGUGAGAAGGGGGUUCAGGUUCGUUGGUCCGACCAUGGUUCACUCAUUCAUGCAAGCAGCAGGCUUGACCAACGACCACCUGAUCACUUGCCACAGACACCUCCCAUGCACCUUAUUGACAGCCCGGCGGCCCCCCCCCCCAACUGAACCGCAACCUCUAUAGGAACAAAGCUGACGGCCAAUACAUGGAAGAAUAAUGAAGGCAUAAAGAAUUACAUGCCAAAAUUAUUCUAAUAUAUGUUUAACCUUCUAUUCUGGUUACUCAAGUUAAAUCUGUUUUAUUUCUAACUUGGGACGGUUGUAUAUCAUAUUAGGUUAAGGGAUUUAAAGGGUUUGUGAGGUGACUUGUGAGCGUUUGAUAUAUAUGUAUACAUAUAUUAGAUAAUAUUUGGAUGACAGUUUGAGUGUGUUGAAAAUUGAAAUAGCUUAGAGAAAAGGUUGGCAUAUAGUGCUGUGGUGGAGGAGACAGGCAGCAUGUGCAAUUGGGAGGCAAGGGCAUGUGUGGGUGUCAGUCGGCUACUUUCUUCUUCUUUUUCUUUUUUUUUUUCUUUUUUUUUUCAUUUGUUCCAUGUGAGCUAUCACACUUGCAUAAUUUGGAGUUUCCUUUAACAGGCUGUGAGGGAUACUUGAAGAAGGAAGAAUGGGACCAACUUUCUCAAGUUUUCAUCUUCCCGUCCCCCUCUUUUAGUUUGGGUUUGAGUUGCAAUGUAAUUGUACUCUACUUUCCUAACCUUUUUGUGGCUUUCUUCGGGAAUAUUACACCCAAAUAGCCAAAUAUAUCUUGGAUUUGGUGUGAAUUUAAUUUUUGAGUGGUGUUUUGAUACA